AUCCUGACUAUAUUGCGAGCGUUGUUUCAUGCUUUUCUUACUCCUUAGGUCGAAGAAGUCUUGCCCGAAAAUCUUAAACUCUUUGCGUUUGACGAUCAACAUGACGAUGAGAAUGCAGGAGGAUGACCUUGCCUUCGUAUAGAGAAGAUUAAGUUUGGCCACUCACAAAUUUGUGUUCAGUUGCUAGUUGGUCACUUGUUGUAGUUCACCAUCCCAUAUUUCAGAAACAUCCGGCCACACCUGGAAGACAUACAAGACCUGUGAAAUAGAUGGCCGACUACUUUGAUGAGGAUGGGGCUCAUCACUGGGAGGAUGAGGAUGACCAUUACUUGGAGUUGGAGAGGUUCGACGUAGACGACGAACCUCGGUCCAGUUCGGAUGGCUCCAGCAGCGAUUGCUGUGAUGUCGUCCUCCCGUACGAGAGUGAGCAUCCCAACAAGUAUGUCCCUUGGGCCAUGAAGCAGUAUCCUCCGGAGGUCAUUGAGGCAUGGACCAUGCUUCAUAACUGCACGCUGUCCGGCAAUCAACAACCUGCUCCAGAGUUCUUGGACAAGUUGUCCAAAGAAGUACUGGACCAACCAAACCAUGAAGGGGAAACACUGCUGUACAUGGCUGCUUUCAGGGGACACCACCGGAUGGUUGCUACCUUGCUCAAUGCUGGAGCAAACCCUCACAAGGGAGAUGAGUUCUUUGACAUGACUCCACUCUUUGUAGCUGUUCAAAAUUGUCACAUUGAGUGCGUCAACAAGUUGCUUGAGCAUGUCCCUGUCAAUCAUGAGAACAACAGUGGUUUCACUGCCCUCUUCAAGGCAGCUCAGUUUGGACCUCACAAAGACAUGCUACGUUACCUCAGCCAACCUCCUCCGCAUCUACAGGAAAUAAUACGUAAAACAAGACCGCAGAAUGAAGUUAUCUUAGAUACUCUGCUUGAAAAAGGAGCCGAUGUAAACUUCACAUCCAAGGUUGGACUCACACCUCUGUUGGUGGCCACCAGGGAGAACAACGUGUAUGCGGUGCGGAGGUUACUGGAUUGUGGGGCCGAUCCUAUGGCUCUAUACAAGCAUCCUAUCUCAUCCAUGAAAUCACCCCUCUCUGCCCUCGAUAUGGCUGCCGAAGAUGAGAGCACAGAAUCAUUACAAGUCAUUCUAGAGAAGUGUAGUGAUAAUAAGACCUUAAUGUCAAGGAACAGUGCAAUGUGCUUAGCGGUUCGCAAGGGGAAUCUCCCCUGUGUUCAGGCGCUCAUUGAUGCAGGAUUUGAUGCUGACAUGGGUGUCAAGCUACCCCCAGCAGAACUUGAGCAGUUCCGAUCAUCGGAAGAUGCGCUUCCUAUCCUCACCUGCAUUGACAAGGUCAAUCUUGAACUAGCGAGGUAUCUCCUGUCAAAGGGGGCGUCACCGCUUUAUCACAAUCUUCCCAUCGCCGAGCCACUGGAUAGAUGCCCUCUCUACAAUGCCUUUCUAAAGAGCAGCGCACUCUUGGAGAUCCUCCUCGCUCACUGUGCCGACAUGAAAUCUUGCCCAUCUCUCAGAGACAUCCAUUUUCCUAUCAGAGAUGCCGCUGUGUGGGAGCGACCGCCGUCAUGCUUUGAAGUCAUAUUGCGGGCUGGAUUCAGGCUUGAUUUAGACUCUGUGAAUUUCAGUGAUAUUCAUCUGCAGGGAAGGACUAUUGAGGAUGUCGCUAGGAUUUGGUGGUUUUAUACAGACGAAAUUCCAAAGGAUGAACAUCUCAAUGCAAUUCUUGUUGACUUUAUUGAAAUGCCUCGGUCACUGGCUGACCUAUGUCGAGUGACAAUACGAAGGAGCAUCAGCUUUCCCAAACUGGCCAAGCCUUCGACGUCUGUGCGGCUCUUGCCAAUACCCCAACACUUGCAGGAUUACGUUGGACAUAUGUGAACGGAACGGAGACAGAUAGAAGCUCAAAAGUGCGGUGACAGGUGUCGUGGCGUGCAUCUGUAAUCCGAUCUGUGUGGGGAAGUUACAAAUCCAUGCAUGCCCUGGUUACGUCGUUCGGAUCUUGACGUUAAAGAUUGAUCCCAGACGUCCACAAUCAUAUCUGAUUGACACAUGUCUGACAAAACUCAAUUUCACAUACAGUGUGGUGAUGACUGAAGAUAUGUAAUCGAGUCUUCCUCAAUGAAUUCUAUUUGACAAAAUCCAGGAUUUCAUUUUGCUUAUCUUCUCCUUACAAUGUUGACUUGACGAAGGGCUGCACACUAUGAGAAUAAAGUUGAAAUAAAUUAUCACUGAAGCUUCAAUAAAUAGAAGAUAUUAGGCCAGCUAAUGUUAUUGUAACGCUUAAGGCAUCAAUAUUUUUCAGACAAGGUAUUUGCCAUGAAAUGCAACAAACCCAGACUCUAUCUCCAUAACCCAACUCCAGCUCACCAGAUCCCCCGGAAAACAUUGUAAAGAUGUCAUCUCUAACCAAGAGUUUUUUCCCAUCUCAGUAUUUCUAAUAUUUCUUAUUAGCCUUGGCUUGACAUCAUGUGUCAAUUAUUCGUAGGGAAUAGGAACAAUAAAUUGUUGUUUCAUGUAUUUACAGCUGCCGAUAAUGGAUAACUCAAAUAUGCAAUAUCUGCAACCUUACUUGGAAAAAAGACCUGAUUUCUUUUCUUCCAAAACUAUUCAUCUUAUUUGACUUAGCUUCUAUAGAGGCGAUUAAGAACCCAUUCUCAACCUUCGCCUUUCAAGUUGUUAUUUUUAAAGCUCUGCAUAAAGGUUUUGCCUGAUUUUAGGACCAACAAGCUUUUGAGGAAAUGAACGAGAUGAUCAAGUUUCAUUGACAUUGGAUAAAGUGUAUCUGUAUUUGUGACCUACCACCCCAAAACCACCGAUAAGUCACCAGGUAAGGCUCUCUGUAAAUAGCCAAAAUAGUAAUUUAGUCCCCCAAAACCCAAAAUUAAAAUAAUAGCACAUCUGAAAGAGCAAUUCUUCUUUCUACUGUAAAAUUUGAAGACUUGAUUUUCUUGGAUACUACUUCAUUACUGCGAUUGCACAGUAUACACAUCUCAUGAUUGAGUGAACUCCAAACUUUAACCCUUGUUUUCACCUUACUGUUAAGCUCUUGCUGAAUUUCCUCUGCAUUCAAUCAAGAACUUGUAAUGGUUGUUGUUGGUCAGUUUUAACACAUCAUAUAUCAUUUUAAAGCUUAGGAAAUAAAUGUUCAAGCUCAAUAAAAAUCUCAAUAUUCAUUAGGGUCGACUUAUCGUUGGUUUUGGGUCGCAGGUUACAUUUAUCAUCUUGAAAGAAGCAAUGUAAGAAUUUCUUUCAUGGUUGAUUUGAUUUGACUGCCUUCAAAAUAAUGUAAUAGCUUUGAUUGGUGUGGAGUUGGUUUUGUUUGUAGGACUAUCAUAAUAUUCUAUAUGGCUGAAUUCACAAUUUGAAAAAGAUUAGAUAUUGUAGACAUUUAGAGAUGAAACACCAGAUAUAUAGAAACUAUUGAUGAUAGAAAUGAAUUAAAAAAAAAGACUUUUAACUUCCAUCUAAUGGAUUAGAACAUUUGAAUUCACAUUCGAUUCUGUGCUUAUCAGUGCAAUAAGAUACAAGGAGCAUAUUUGCUGCCAUGCCAAGAUAUUUUUUAAAAAGAUGGAAAAAAUUUGUUUAUCUAACUUGUGCUUUAAAAGAACUUAUGUUAUACCUUGCUGGCAUGCAUAGAAAUAGGUGAAUGGUAUUUGAUAUCAAGUCUCAAAGAGACCAUUGAAUUCUUCAAACAUUUCAUUAUUAUUAUUAUUCCUGGAAAAUAUUAGUUUAAAGCUGUCACUAAUGUGUUAAUAAACAAGACAUUCAAGUAGUUAUGCCACUCUCCACCCAGGUGAUAAUUAGUAAUACAGGAAGGAUGCAUGAUGCUGCACAAGAUGGCACACAUGUGGGUGAUUCCAUACGUGUCGUAUGGGACAUUUUGUAAACAAUUUCUAGUCUCUCAGCUGAUUGCUUGAGCAAUGAAAAAUUAUUUUUGGUCAAUUAUAAAGUUAUAGUGGGUAGUCAUGUGAAAAACUGAUUACCAACAAAAAUUGGCUGAAUUAAGGGCGGAAAUGUUGUGUGUCGUACGGGACUCAGAAAUGUCCAGUACGACAUGCAACAUUUUCACAUCUAAUUCACCCAUGGACAGCAUAUUUUUGUUGGUUAUUUUUUUCAUAUGUCUAUCCAGUAGUACUCUAUUAUUACCACAAAACAAAUUGAAGUUCUUUGUUUGUUUGGACAGUAGGUUGAAAAUGUUACGAAAAUAUCUGAUUUUUCUAGCAUGGAAUCACCCAUCUCUGAAAUACUGCCGGUCUUGGUCCCUCUUCUCUGAUUAAUGUUUACAAACAUUUCCAUGAAAAAAAUAUUUGUUUUGCCAACCAUUUUUUAUGAGCUACCAGAGUCCUUGCAUCUGAUUGGCUCAGAGCAUUUUUUUGUGUGUGAAACACUCCCCUGGUAAUAUGGAACAAAUAUCUUUGUUACUUGAAAUAUUCAUAGCUGACAGUGUGUAAGUGCAUUGCUUUAUCUGGGAAUGUAUCUAAUCACAAGAGAGAGUGUGAACUUAUAAUUCAUUUAUGCAUUCUUGUAAAUCAAAGCUCAAAUAUAUCUUGCCAAGUUUGGUGAAUAAUCUUGCAAUGCUGGUGACUUUGCAAUAGGAAAAGUAGUCAAUAGCCACAUUGAUAUAACUUAAUGUAAAUGCUAGUGUAUUUCUUUUUGAAUUGUUUGAUAUGAAUUAUAUUUCAUGUUAGGGUAUGUGGGGGUAUGUGUGUGCUCAACUCUAUUAUCCAUCAUUAUUUUUAUUUUGAAAGUGAGAUUUGAUUGCUUAAGUGAGUGAUAACGAAAUUGGAUCAAACAUGGGAAAUUCCUGAGAGUUUCGUUUUGUGAUUCUCUUGUUUCUGACUUGCGAUUUAUCUGAAAAUUUUCAGGGUCCAUUGUCAAAAAAUUUGCUAAAGUAACGCUACUGUAAAUAUGUACCUUCAUUAGUGCUGGCACCAGUGUCUCGGUGUCUCUACUCAAACGGCAAAAAUUUAUCACUUUUACUUAUUUUCCAUUAGAUUUUUUAAACAUACAUAUGAAUGAGAUGUGUUAACCUAAAAGAAUUUUGUUCAAUGGCUCAUUAUUGGUAAUGCUGUUUCAAAACACAACCAGAAUCCAGUGUGUCCAUCUUAUUUGUACCUGAAACAAAUAGUUAUAUUCCACUGACUUGUUAUAAGCUACUGAAAUCCUCACAUCUAAUUGGCUCAGAACAAAUAGGUCAGUGGAAGUCACAAGAUUUUUUUUCCCUUUUCCUCGUUCAGAGGUAUUUUAUUCUUCAUAUUCCUUUGUCAUUUUAACAAUUUCUUUCGUAACACAGUGCGUAUAGAGUUACAUAACAAGUUGCAUAUAAACAUGUAAUAGACAACUGUUUAAAUAAUCUAAAUUGUAAUAAAAAUGAAAAUUUUCUGUAGGGUUAAAGCUCUUCGAACAUUUGAAUUAAGUGAACAUUUGAUUUAAAUCCCCAUUUUACAUAAAAAAGUAUCUCUUUCUUGAACUCAUACCAAAUUGAAUAUAUAUUAAAAGCUCUUCCUUGCACCUUAUACAUGACAUAGGAUUUGUAUAUUGCAUACUGUGCAAAUAUCAUAAACAAAUUAACUAACGUAAACUUGCGAUUGUGAAUUUUGUAUCCAAUGAACGUGGUUUCGUUAAUAGGAAUUGUGAUUUUAAACAUAAGUUGCAGAGAAUUCUUUAUCUUUAUCCAAAAAUCAGCAACAGGAUUACAUUCUAACAUAAUAUGAACAAAAGUUCAUCUACUUCACAGAACAUACAAGAUGUGUCAUUAGCUAAUUUCCAGCGACAUACAUUGAAUUUAAAGGGUAAUAAAUGAUGAAGCAUUUUCAAGUUGUAUUGUCGAAUCUUGUUAUACUUUAAAUACUUAAGUUUGAAAUUAAAACAUUUUGCCAUUCAAAAUUUACUGGUAAUCCUAAUUUGGAUUGCCAGUAUUGUAUAAUAUGUGGAUCAGAUUUUGGGGGGCUUACAAGUAAAACAUAAAAAUCUUUUGAUUUCAUAUUCUUUAAAUUUACAAUAUCUCCUCCACUGACAAGAUGAUAAACAUGAUCAGAU